UAAUAAUUUGUAAUAAAAACAAUAGAAUUUCGGUGCUACUUGCAAAAGUUAAUUUGUGCUUUUACGAUAAACAAAUGAAAUUCUUUCGUAUGUCGUUCCGGCCUUUGAAUGUUCGCUAAACGGAAAUUGCAUCGACGACAACGUAAAGUUCAAACAAAGACGAAAGGAUAAACGUCAUGCAUAAGCAAAUAAUGCAAUGGCAUCGUCAUUGACUGUCGCGGGUUUCCUUUGGGCGGCUCUGUCUGUGACAGCAGCCAUCCUUUGCUGCACAGGAUUCUACAUGCCUUUCUGGAUACAGGGUCGUUUGCUGGGAAAGGUUGACGCAUAUUUUAGUUCGUUUAGGCGCUGCAACUACCCUCGGAUUGGUCUGCACGGCUCGGUGGAGAUAGUGGAAGAAUGCGGUCGCUAUGCAGGAUUUUGGGAUAUCCCGAGUCCAUGGUGGAAAGCGAGCACCGUUUUGGUUGGUACAGCAAGUGCGAUAAGUCUUCUUGUUGCUGUGACCGCUGCAGCUGCAUGUUGCGUCACUUACGUUAUUCAUACUAACACGGCCAAAAUUGCGGGUGGAUUACAAAUUCUAGCAGCUUUUUUGAUACUAAUUGGAACAAUCCUGUAUCCCAUAGGUUGGGACAACCAAGAAGUUCGAGAAAGUUGUGGAAAUUUAAGUCAUGUCUACCAACUAGGAACAUGUCGUCUGUCUUGGUCGCUUUAUCUGCUGGUCGUUGCGUUCUUGCUCCUUGUUGUGUGUUUUUGUCUAAGUUUUUGCGCGUCUCGGGUGAGAGUCGGUUCGUUUCGGAUCUGAAAAGAAAUCGUCAGCAGCACGAA